AUGACCGUGUCAAUAGAGAACCCAGAAGAGCCUCCCCUGGGGGAUGCAAUGGAGCUCGCGCUGGCCAGGAAGGUCGUACGGAAGAUCGACAUGCGAUUGAUCCCCCUCUUGUUCACGACAUAUAUGCUGAACUUCAUGGACAAGACGAUCCUGUCCAGUGCUUCCGUGUUUGGAUUAUCGAAAGAUACUGGCCUUGUGGGCCAGCAAUACAGCUGGGUCUCCUCGAUAUUCUACUUCGGAUAUCUGAUCUGGUCAUAUCCAACGAGUUUACUGAUCGCGAGACUUCCUACCGCAAAGUACAUGACUGGCAACACCCUGAUCUGGGGAGCCGUUGUGGCUUUGACAGCUGCUUGUACCAACUUUGGCGGUCUUAUGACUGUCCGGUUUCUACUGGGGGUUACAGAGGCGACAAUUACUCCUGCUUUCAUGUUUAUCACCUCAACAUGGUAUACUCGAGAUGAGAUCCCUACACGGACCGGGAUAUGGUUUGCUGGAAAUAGCGUUGGAGGGAUUGUAGCAAGUCUUCUUGCCUACGGCCUUGGCCACGUCGACGACAAAGUCGGGCCUUGGAGAUGGAUGUUCAUCGUCCUUGGCGUCGCCACGUUCCUCUGGGGGCUAUUUAUCUGGAUCUUUCUCCCAGACUCCAUCUCCAAAGCCCGAUUCCUCUCCGAAGAAGAGAAAACCUUCGCCAGGAAGAGAGCCGUCAUCGCAGGAACCGGCGAAACCGAGAAAACCGCCUGGAAAUGGGACCAGGUUGCCGAAUGCCUCAUCGACCCGAAGACCUGGUUGAUCUUCGGGCUUGAGAUCCUGACGCAGAUUCCCAACGGCGGCACACAGAAUUUUGCGAAUCUGGUGAUUACCUCUUUCGGGUUCACGAGCUUGCAGUCCACAUUAAUCUCCAUCCCCUACUCCCUGAUCACCGUCGCGGCUAUCACAGGGAGCGGAUGGCUUGCCGGGCGCUACCAGCAACUCAAUUGCCUGCUGAUCAUUGCUGUGAUCAUUCCGUGCAUCGUUGGAAGCGCAAUCAUCUAUUGCCGAGCGAAUAUUGUUCGCGGCGUCCAGCUCUUUGGAUAUUUCCUGUUAUCGACGGGCCCUGCGGCGAUGCCGCUCGCGAUGUCGCUGGUGCAGGCGAAUUACCGAGGAGUAACCAAGAAGAUGACAGUGACGGCACUGCUAUUCCUCGCAUACUGUGCGGGGAAUAUCGCGGGCCCCCAAUUCUUCCUCAAGAGUGAGGCGCCAACCUACGGCACCGCGUUCCGAACAAUCAUGAUCUGCUACGCUUUGGCCGUCUUGCUGGCGCUUUCUCUGCGCGUGUUCUUGCAAUAUACCAACGCUCGUCGUGUGCGUGAAGAAGGCUUCGAGGGCAGUGCUAGUAAUUCGGGCGCAAUUAAUGGGAAAUUAGCGGACAACGAGGUGGACUCGAGGAAUAUCGCUGAGGCCGCAAAUCGCGCUCAGCUGGCGCCUGAGGAUUAUGCCGAUAUCACUGAUUGGAAGACACAAGGCUUUAGGUAUCGUUAUUAG